AUGCUGGUAUUUAAGGAAAAGGCUCAUGCAGUUGUGGCGGCUGGCAAGACCCAAAUCUGUGGGUCAGAAAAAUGUGAUAAAGAAAAUGCUGAGAAAGAGAUAAGUCAAGCUACCAAUAGUUGCUUCACACAUGGAGAGAUGCAGGACCAGUCCAUUUGGGGAAAUCAUUCAGAUAAUCAACUCAUCAGAACCCAACCUCAGCGGUUGCCUCAGCUUCAAACUUCAGCACAGGAAUCGAGUGAGGAGGAAACAGGCAAGAUAAAAAACAGCCACGCGAACCUGAGCAAUGGAAAUGGAAUUCACCAUGGUGUGAAACACGCAUGUGCAGACAAUCAAAAACUUUCCUCACCAGUGUCUCAAAAAAUGCAUAGAAAAAUUCAGUCCAGUUUGUCUGUAAACAAUGACAUCAAUAAGAAGAGUAAAGUCCAUGCUGUCUUUUCUCAAAAAACAGGCUCCUCACCAGAAGACUGCUGUGUCCACUGUAUCCUGGCAUGCUUGUUCUGUGAAUUCCUGACCCUCUGCAACAUUGUGCUGGGCCAAGCUUCGUGCGGCAUCUGCUCCUCAGAAGUCUGCUGCUGUUGCUGUGGAGAUGAUAUGGGAGAUGACUGUAACUGCCCUUGUGACAUGGAUUGUGGCAUCAUGGAUGCCUGUUGUGAAUCAUCAGACUGUUUGGAAAUCUGUAUGGAAUGCUGUGGAAUUUGCUUCCCUUCAUAAAUAUUUAUCAUUUGUUU